AUGCCUCCAAAGUUUGAUCCAACUGAAGUUAAAUACCUCUACUUGAGAGCUGUCGGUGGUGAAGUCGGUGCUUCAUCCGCUUUGGCCCCAAAGAUUGGUCCAUUGGGUUUGUCUCCAAAGAAGGUUGGUGAAGAUAUCGCCAAAGCCACUAAGGAAUUCAAGGGUAUUAAGGUUACCGUCCAAUUGAAGAUUCAAAACCGUCAAGCUCAAGCUUCUGUUGUUCCAGCUGCUUCUUCUUUGGUCAUCACCGCCUUGAAGGAAGCUCCAAGAGACAGAAAGAAGGUCAAGAACGUCAAGCACAACGGUAACAUUCCAUUCACCGAAAUUGUCGAAAUCGCCAGAAAGAUGCAACACAAGUCUUUCGGUAAGACUUUGGCUUCUGUUGUCAAGGAAAUCUUGGGUACUGCUCAAUCCGUUGGUGCUCGUGUUGAUGGUAAGCCAGCUCACGAUGUUAUUGUUGCCAUUAACGAAGGUGAAAUUGAAGUUCCAGAAAACUAA